AUGAUGCGAAUUAAAGAAGCGAUUCAGAGGCGGAAGCUGAUUCAGGAGCUAAACGAUGAGUACACUGACGAUAGGAGUACGGUAGUUUUGUUGAACUUACAAUUUACUUAGUAUCGGAAAUAUGUUAAAUUCAUUCACCUUUUUUACUUAGUAGUUACAGUACUUAUGGGUAUGACAAUAUAAUAGAUUUAUGAGUUUAAAGAUUUGGCAGUAAUUUUAAUGUUCUAAAUUUAGCUGGCAAGCCAGGAUCGACCACUCCGAGCAUUUGUGGUCGAAAAAGCUCCGACUUGAGCCGAGCUGAGAGUGAUGUAGACGCUCCAUCUGAAGCUAUGACUUCAAUGGCUCUUCAUCAUUUUGUUGGUGAAUUUGGAAGUCGACUAACUGAAAAUCAUGUAAGUAAUCCAAAACUGUUGAUGUGAAUAACAAAUUUAAAAACAGUGAAAAAAUCUUACAGUAAUUUCAAUUUUAGUAACGUUUCUUAAAAUUACAGAGAAGAGCCCUCCGUGUCACUUGGAAGCGGUUGAGUGAAGCUCCGAAGACUUCUGGUCGAGGAACCCUUCAGAUUAUGGAGAAGGUGUUCGAGAAGUUGUUGGAGAGUGACCCCGAGAUCAUGAACGUAUUUUAUAAAAGUGCCUUUGUAAAGUGUGUAGAGGACAGGAAACGACGAUGUUCUUCUGGCUCAAUAGCUACGCUGAGAGAUCAUGCUCAUCUGAUGAUUGACUUUAUCGACGCUCUGAUGGCCAUCAUGUUCGAUAUGCCGCUGCAGAAGCCGGUUUGGGACCCGGCAACGAUUGGUAAGGGUUUUAUUCAAUAUUUCAAAAGCUACAGUAAAAGUGUAAUCAAAAAUGUUUUAGAUUUAAUUUUUAUUAUCUUACUGUAUUUUGAUGUUCUUUAACAAAAGCAAUUUCUUUUACUGUAACUUCUUUAAUUUCCGGACGAGCUCAUGCCAGACUCAUUCCACUGGGUUUUAAACGGCAAGUAUGGCACAAGCUGGGGGAAUGUUUUGCCGAGAUUAUGUUCUCUCAAGAGUGUGUUCGAGCUUAUCCUCAUGCAGCUAGUGCUUGGUCGAUGUUAAGUGUCGCAUGGACUGACAAGAUGUACACUCACAGUCGACAAACGGUAAUAUAAUGUUAUAGCCUUUGUAUACGUUCCCUACUACAAUAUUCUACUAAAACUAACAUUGUAAGCAAACCUUUUCCAGAGAGAAAUGGCGUUACAACCUUACACUCCAACCUCCUUCAGUACCUGGUCAGACCCUUCCCCGUACACUUCCAUUGAUACUCCUUAUGGCUUCGGAUCACAAUACAAUUCUCCACUGAUGCAGCGACAUCACAGAGCCAGACAACGUCGACGUCCUCAUACCACACCAAACUCGACACGGUCAAGUCGCAGUGCCUCGGUCAAUACUCGGAAGCAGAAGAGCGAGGAACAUCUCGACGUACCUCGAGCACACCAUCAUCAGAGAAAGGGCGGAUCACGGUCGAAUAUCAAUGGAUAA